AUGGAUCCUAAUCAUUUUCGUUAUCAACAAGCUUUUUUCAAUUACAUGCAAAAUUAUCAAAAUCCCAAUCCUCAAAAUUCUCAAAUUCCACCGGUGCCAACAAACCCCGCCAUAUUUCUUCCGUCACCAAACAAUCCAAAUAUGUAUCCUAUAUCUCAAAUGAAUUCUACUAGUAUGGAAUUCUCUACUCAAGUUCCACCAUUUUCUACUCAAGUCCCACCAUUUUCUACUCAUGUUGGUACUGAAAAAGAAGAAAGGGUUGUCGUUAAGAAAAGAUCUCGAGAGCAAUUUACAAGGGAAGAGGAUAUACUACUUAUCCAAUCAUGGUUCAAUGUUUCAAAGGAUCCAAUUGUGGGAGUUGAUCAAAAGGCUGAGAGUUUUUGGUUAAGAAUUGAUGCUAGUUAUAACCAAUAUCGUGGGCAAUUGCGGGAAAAGUUAGGGGGACAGUUAAAAUGUCUAUGGCAUAGAAUAAAUGACAUGGUUCAAAAAUUUGUUGGGUGUUACAAAAUUGCUCUUAAAGGAAAGAAAAGUGGGACAUCCGAGACCGAUGUCAUGGCAGAUGCACAUGCUAUUUUUGCUCAGGAUCAAGGUACAACAUUCAAUCUUGAGUAUGCAUGGAGAUUGUUAAAAGAUGAAUCUAAAUGA